AUGCCUGAAAAGGAUGUGUUCAAAUCAAGGUUCCUCAAAUCCCUAUUCUUCAUCACACUUUUCUUCCUGAUCCUAUCAUUAUCCCUCCUCUUUAGAUUCAGCAACACAUCUUGGAUCAAUACACCAUCUUACAACCUAAUUCUUCUCGACAACACUGAAAACACUGACCCAAUUCAACUUAAAUCAAUCCCUUUUCCACCUUCACCAGAUUCAUGUAACCCAAAUCAAGCACUACUAAAAGUUUUUAUGUAUGAUUUACCUCCCGAAUUCCACUUUGGACUACUAGGUUGGAAAGGAAAAUCAAACCAAAUUUGGCCUAAUGUGAGUAAUUUUAUUGAAAUCCCAUCAUACCCAGGUGGAUUAAACUUGCAACAUAGUGUAGAAUAUUGGCUAACACUUGAUCUUUUAUCAUCAUCAUCAACAACUCCAAACAUACAUAGACCUUGCACUGCAAUUCUUGUACAAAAUUCAACCCUAGCAGAUAUAAUUUUCGUCCCAUUUUUUUCAUCUUUGAGUUACAAUCGACAUGCAAGGAUUUAUGGAAAAGGGAAAAAAGACAUGAACAUGAUUUUGCAAGAGAAAUUGGUGAAAUUUUUAAAAGGUAGAGACGAAUGGAAACGAUUUGGAGGGAAAGAUCAUCUUGUUAUGGCUCAUCAUCCUAAUAGUAUGCUUUUAGCUAGAAAACACUUGAGUUCUUCAAUGGUGGUGCUUUCUGAUUUUGGAAGAUAUCCUGUUCAGAUUGCUAAUAUUGAUAAAGAUUUAAUUGCUCCUUAUAAACAUGUUGUUAGGAGCAUCAAUGCUAGCAAUUCACUUGACUUUGAAGAGCGAACUACUUUAGUUUAUUUUCGUGGAGCAAUUUAUAGAAAAGAUGGUGGAGUGAUUCGUCAAGAACUAUACUACAUAAUGAAAGAUGAAAAAGAUGUUUAUUUCUCUUUUGGAAGUGCACAACAAGGUGGGAUACGUACAUCAUCUGUAGGAAUGGCAACUUCUAAAUUUUGUCUGAAUAUUGCUGGGGACACACCUUCAUCAAAUCGUUUAUUUGAUGCAAUUGCUACUCAUUGUGUCCCUGUUAUAAUCAGUGAUGAAAUUGAAUUACCAUAUGAAGAUGUUCUUGACUACUCAAAAUUCUCCAUUUUUGUUCAUUCUUCGGAUGCUUGUAAAAAAGGUUACCUUUUGAAGCUUCUUAGGGGUAUCAAGAAACAAAAAUGGAGACAAAUGUGGGAAAGAUUGAAGCAAAUUGCACCACAUUUUGAAUAUCAGUAUCCUUCAAGACAUGGUGAUGCUGUGGAUAUGAUUUGGCAAUCGGUUUCUCGAAAAGUAUCAUUUGUAAAUAAUCAAACUUAUAGAAAAAACAGAUACCGAAUGUCACAAGAAUUCUUGAAAUCACGUUAAUAGUAUAAUCGUAAUAUAUGUGC